CGAUACGGCCACAAAUAAUUAUUAUUGUUAUUGUCAUCACAAAGCAUAGAAUCAUAAUAAUAAUAUUAAAAUUUAUAUGAUUUAUUAUUUUUUGUUAAUUUUAAUUUUGAUUUAUAUAUAUAUCUUGAUUGGAUAUUUAUUACAUAUAUUAAUUAUUAAGCUGCAUAACCAACCGCGUGUUUAUCAGACUUUUUUUUCGAUUUAGGAUACAUUCACAUUAGACCUCAGAUUGCAUACGUAUUUUUUUUUUCUUAGUUAUCAAACACAGAUUUACUAUAAAAAACAAGUGUAGUGAGUGUAUGAAUGUAUAUAAAUAGUUGUUAUUAAUAACAGAAAUUAGGUACAAUGUUAAAAAAAUGGCGAAAAACGCACUAAAUGUUAAUUUUUAUCCAAAUACUGUAAAGGAUAAUGAUGGGAUUUUACGAAAACUCCGAUCUCGCAGCAAGAUUGAUAUUAAGACAGUUGAUGAAUGGAGUAAACUGUUUAUUAAGCUCAACACUGAGUCUAGACGGCUGGGUAAUAACAAAAUAACAAGUGAUGUAAGACUUAAUCACAUCGGUAAUGAAGCAGUGAUUUAUGGAUCUAUUGAAGGAUUUCCCUCGGGUUCUUGGUGGGGAAUCCGUAUGGAUUGUGCUAGAGACAAAGUUCACACUUGCUUCGAUAAAGACAUUGAUGAAGGAAUAUUUGGAGUUGCUUCAAUAUGCACAUCCCAUGUUAAUAAUACUAAUGACGUUGAUUUAGGAACUUAUUUGACAUUUACUGGUGGUAAAUAUAAUUAUGACAAGCCGAGUGAUUCAUUAUUAAACAAUUUCAACAAUCACAUACCUUUGAGAUUAAUAAGAAGCUACAAUUUGGCAAAUGAAUUUGCUCCAAAAACGGGUUAUCGGUAUGAUGGUUUAUAUAUUGUGGCGUCCUGUUGGAUUGGAAUUAAUGAUAAAGAUUCAAGUAAAUAUUACAAGUAUGCCUUGGCUAGAUUAAAUCAUCAAGAGCCACCACCCUGGGUAUCACAGACAACACGUAUUGUCACGCGACAGUCUUUAUCACAAAAAAUGAAUUCAAAAUCAGAUUGUGAAUCUUACAAGUGUCAGAUGUACGGUUGUCAGACCCAGGAAAAAACUAAAAAAUUAAAUAAAACUUGUGAAAUGGAUAUCAGUACAAAUAAAAUAAUUAGUGGAAACCAUAAUAAAGUUAAAAGAGUCAGCACAGAAUCACCAUUACUGUCAAAUGCUGCCUCGUCUAUAUAUACUGCUUUAAAACCUCCGGCAUAUAAACUUCAAAAUACGAAUAUUGCAAUUAGAACAGAAUUAUAUGACUCGUCACCUUAUCAUCCACAGCAAGAUAUUAAAAAACAAACACCGAUGACUUAUUGUCGAGUUUAUAAUAAUACUAAUAGCAAAACUGAUAGUAAAAAAUCAUUUGACACAAAAGAAUUGGAAAUGGAAUCACAAGAAUCAAAUAAAAUUUUAAACGAUAAAAAUUGUACGAUAAAUAAUUUAUAUGAUUUAGAUUCGACAUUGCUUAUUAAUUCUGAUGAAAUUUGUAAUGUCUCUAGAGCGAGCACUAGAGCCUCUGUGGGUUCGGAAUCUUCUGAAUUGUCGGAUAAAAAAGUAGACCUUCAGAAAGCUGUAGUAGAAAUAGAAGCGAUGACACCUGAACAAAUGUUGAAUUUAAUUAUUAAAAAACGUUACAAUCCUACGGGUAAAUUAUUAAUAGCAAGUAUUAUUGGUCUCCCAGAAAAUGAUAUUUUAAAAAGUUUAAAUAAAAAUAAAAUUCGUGAUAAUUCUGGCAAAUUACAAUUAAAUAAAAUUAAAAAUAAUAUAAAAAUUCGUGAAAAAAAAAUAAAUUGUAAUAAUAAUUUUCAUGAAACAAGAUCAACUUCAAUUAAAAACCAGAAUAAAGAUACUAUAAGUAAAUUAAAUAAUCGUAAUAAAAAUACAGUUAAACAUUUUAAAAAAUCAAAUGUAACAAGAAAACGAAAAAAUGAAUUGGCUAAUUUAAAUAUUGAUGGUAAUUUUCGGGGACCGUCAGUUCAAACAAGAACUAUGAGAAAUAGACGACUAAGAUGUCCAGCAAUUAUAUUGAGCAAAAGAAAAGAUUUGUCUGAUUAUAUAACAACAAAUUAUUCACGUGUUGAUUUAAGGAGAAAAACUAAACAGUUGAUUACAGGUGCUGUCAAAAAACCACAAAUUUCUAAAAAUCGUCAUCCAAUGGCUAAAACAGUUAAACCACAGGUUAAAAUUGAUAAUACAAAUAAACAAAAAAUAAAUAUCAAUAAAAAUAGUAAAAUAAUAAAUACUGAAUCGUCAUUAUUGAAACCACAAAUGAUUGAUGCGUCAACGCAGUGCGUUACAACUAAAGAUGCAAUGACAUUUGUCAAUAUGGAGACUCAGUUAAAUCAGCCGCGUAAAAAAAAUUGUAAUGCUUUUGUAAAAAUUGAGUUUAUCAAUCUAGAAGAUGAGGAAGAAAAUGAUAAUAACGUUAAAUCAGAAUUGUAUGAAAACAAUUCAAACCAAGAUAAUAAUGAUGAUGAUGAUGAUGACGACGAUGAUGAUGAUGAUAAUGAUGAUGAUGAUGACGAUGAUGGUGAUGAUGAUGAUGAUGAAGAGUUAAUAGAAACAGCUUAUCGUAGUCAACUGCAAGUAUCUAAAAAACCACAAAUGUAUUAUAAUAAUAAUAAUUCAUACAAUAAAUUAAAUUUGUACAGCAGUGGUAGCAUGGAGUCAUCAGCAUUCGUACCUGUUAAUUUGUCCGACAGAGACAUGAGAGUAGCGCGACUAAGAUCGAUUGGCUUCAAACCCAUCGAACCAGUUAUUGUAACUGCUAAUACUAAUAAUACUGCACAAUAUUACAAUAAUUGUUAUGCAAGUACUAGUUCUAUACAUGGACCAGUGGCAAAUCGACAGGUUGAUGAGCAAUACAAUAAGUAUACAAGUGAUGAAAAUAAUGUCGUUCAGUAUAUGGAUAAUCAACUACAUUUUCAAGACAUUGAGGCAGAGGAAGAAAUUAUUACAAGAAAAUUAAAUAAAUUAUCAAAAAAAAAAUACUCAAAAAAAAUACCUGAUAUUAUUAAUAAACCUAAAGACACUGAAUUACUCAGUGGCAAUAAUUUAAAUUGCAAAAAACUCAAGUACAGCUCAUCGUCCGUUCAAGAUGUAGAUAAAGAUUUAGAUGAGGAUGAGCAAGUUCCUUGGCAUGGAUGGCACAGAUAAUUUUUUAAGUCUUUAUUUUUUUAAAUAUCUAUAUAUAUAUAUUAUUUUUCGUAUUUUGAAUGGCAUUGAGAUAAAAAUAUUUAUUUUGAUGCUUACAGACUUAUCUAACAGCUUCUUGUUAUUAUUAUUAUUAUUAUUAUUAACUUUUGAAUAAAAAAUGAAUAACAAAUGCUUACCAACAUAUAAUUAUAAUCGAUAGGCCACCACCAUUUAUUUAUGUAGCGAUAAACGAUUAUUUUUAUACCUUUUUUUUUUUUUUUCUUACAUAAUUAGCAAAAUAAAAAGU